CGUUGUCGAAAUGCGACUAACUGCCCUGCUUCUUCUGUCCUUUUUGACACUUGUCACGGCAAAUAUCAGGAAGAACCUGCUGCUACACAACCUGUUCAACGUGCCUUCAGCCCCAGGCGACAGCGUUGAUCCGCAAACCCAUUUGAGUACGUCCAGACUCCGACGUCUGCCGGUUGAGUUUUUUAGCUACUAUGGUAACUUUACGGCGUCAGACUUGGUGCUGGAUAUAUUUGGAGAAAAGGGUUCCCGGUUGCCCACGCAGGAGGAUGCGAAGUGCAUUGCGGACAUAGCUUUACUCAGCCAGGAUUUGAAGGCAACUAAACUUUGGGCCCUGAAAGUUAUCGACUCUUGGGGUUCCCUACCAUCGGGAAUAUUUACUGGGAACCUGAUAGACUUGGGAAACUACGACGAGUGCCUGGGCAUAAACCACGCCGUGACCUCGAGUCACAGUAUCAAGGGAAAGUACUGUCUUUCGAGGGUCCCGCUAGCACCAAACAUAUCGCCAGUGUUGUCCCUGAAGACAGCGGUCUGCUUCCCCGCGUCCUGUUCUGCAGCCAUAAUGGAUACGAUGCUGCGUAAGCUCUUUCAAACGCUCCUCAACUUUGAGCUUGAUCAGGAGAUCCACUUGGUAAGAGAAGAUUCAUGCCAAACCUCAGAGAGGGAACUUACUAUUUGUAUUAUAGUUAUCCUCUCUAUAUUGGCAACUCUUACUUUCGCGACCAUUUAUGACUACUUCUACCAUGGCCAAAACACCCUGAAUCCUGUAGUGAAGGCUUUCUCGGCACGUGCCAAUUGCCGGUUUCUGUUCCAAAUCGUAGAGACCAAGUCCAAUCCCAAUGUUAUUGACAGCCUGCAUGGAAUCCGUUGCCUAUCAUUUAUCUGGGUGGUCUUUGGACAUGACUACCUCGUGUAUCUGUUUUCUCCCAACUUGAACUACAUCGACGUGCACUGGUGGCGUAGAUCGGCCUACAGCAUGUUACUGCAGCAUGCAGCGUACUCCGUGGACACGUUCUUUUUCUUAAGCGGCCUUCUCCUGGUGCUGAUAGCCUUGCGUUCAAUGGAGAAGACUAACGGAAAACUCAAUAUUCCACUUAUGUACUUGCACCGUUAUUUACGCCUCACGCCUGUUUUGGCCGUGGCCGUUCUCGUCUACAUGAAAAUCCUUCCGCGAAUGGGCGAUGGUCCCCUAUACGGAAAAGUGAGCUUCGACGAAUACUCUAUUUGCGAGAGCACGUGGGCUUGGACGCUCCUGUAUGUUCAAAACUAUGCCACACACGACAUCUGUUUAGGUCACUCAUGGUAUUUGGCAGUGGACAUGCAGCUCUAUAUUCUAUCGCCCCUUAUUCUGAUUGCGCUUUACAAAUGGGGCAAGAAGGGUGUCGCUGGAAUAGUCGUGGCAAUGUUGCUUCUAGCUGCCUGUUUGUUCAGCAUGAUGGUUAUUAACAACAUUUCGCUAAUCACUGAAACCGAGGAUGCCAUGAAAAAGAUAUACUUUUCAACACACACGCGGGCCUCACCCUACCUUAUUGGUGUCGUGUUCGGAUAUUUUCUACACGUCAAACGGGGCAAGUCCUUUAAGCUGAACUGGAUGGCUGUCGUCCUGGGAUGGGCUUUAAGCUGGGCUCUGCUCCUUUGCUGCAUUUUUGGAGUUUUCGCGCAGCAGAAGAACUUUGAGACUCCUUCCACGCUAGAGGAAGCCUUUUACCUUACUUUUACUCGCAUAUCCUGGCCCUUGGGUCUCUGUUGGGUGGUAUUCGCCUGCAUGCACGGCUACGGGGGUAUAGCCAACAGCAUCCUCUCAUCUCCACUGUGGCAGCCUCUGUCACGCCUCUCAUACUCCGCCUACAUCUUCCAUAUGUUUAUAGAAAGCCUGAAUGCCGGGCUCGUUCGGAGUAAUACUUACUUCAGUGAUUACCAAGUGAUGCUUCGGUUUUGGGGUGAUUUUGGAUUCACCAUACUCCUCGCCUUCGCCGUUUUCAUUAUCAUUGAGGCUCCCUUUGGAAAUCUCGAAAAAAUUUUCCUUCCCACUCAGAAGACACAUCCCCCCACAAAAGCUGCCCAGCUCAAGGGAGAGCUGGAGAAUAAGAAGGAAAUCGAAAGACCGGGACCGGCUCCGGAGAAAAACAUACGCCUUUAGAAUUUCCAGUAUAUUUAAAACUAGUUUUUAGUACUUAUGGAGUAUUGAAGUGGCUUAAAUAAAAAGCUAUAAAACCCUAUAAA